UCAUUCAUAUCCAGGAUCAGAUGAUUCUCAUAUAAAAGCCUGAAGACCAAGCAACCAACUCAGCAUCAGCACAACAUGUCUGCCCCAGAAACUUCUACCUCAAUCGCCACUCGCUCCAACCAGGGCACCGUCGCUCCCAAGGAAGCUUUGAAGCUCCGUCUUGACCUCAACCUCGAGGUCGAGAUCGCCAUCCAGGCCAAGGUCAACGGCGACAUUACCCUCUCCCUCCUGUGAGUCGAUGACUAUCGAU